UACAAAGCUCUACAAAGGUGCAUGAAACGUUUCGGCAAAUAACUCAGAAACUGUGGGCCACAAAGACCUGAGACUUAGACAAAUUGUUUAUAUAUUAGUCUUUUAUAACAUUGCAUUUAUCAGUGGACGGUUUUCANACUGCUGCAUUGAUCGCUUUGAUAAUGUUAUAAAACAAUUAGUUCAUGCUUCAGCAGUGCGUACGUGGAGAUAUUGAGCACUUGGGAAGUUUGGAGAGCACUCAAGGGGCUAGAGUUUUUCGAGGCGCUCUUUCACGCCGCUUUCGUGCUCUUCAAACUUCCCGCGUGCUCAAUAUUUCCACAUACGCACGCUGACGCAUGAACUAAUUGUUAAAUAUAGAAGAUUUCACAGAGACGUCAUGAAAUUGUGAAGUCAAAAUAGCAAAAAUGGCGAGGUUUUACGAAUUCUUAUUUACAUUAGGUUCAAGAUAAAAAAAAAUUAAACCUUUGUACAAGUUUCCACUUCCGUAGCAUGUUUCAUUUCGAAAAUACAGCAAUUUGAACUUCCGAGUUUUCACAGUGUGUGUGGCAACCAAAAUAGGAAUGCUUUGUCGUUGAAAAAAAAUGCUCUCCUCUUGAUUUUCAGCAUUAUAACCAUUUAGUAUUAGAAGAUAUGUUUAUCCGCACGUGUGCUAGUUUUCGUGUGAAAAGAAAGAGCUUUUAUAGAAAAAGCGAACUCCAGAUGUUUUUGUUGAUUUCCGGCGGCCAUAUUGGUGUACCAAAAUGGUACACCAAUAUGGCAUCUCUGUACAAAGCUCUACAAAGGUGCAUGAAACGUUUCGGCAAAUAACUCAGAAACUGUGGGCCACAAAGACCUGAGACUUAGACAAAUUGUUUAUAUAUUAGUCUUUUAUAACAUUGCAUUUAUCAGUGGACGGUUUUCAAUUUAUUUUUUUGUUACGUGACAAUGAAACGGCGAUCUAUAAAUGAUAUCAUCACUGGCGAGAUAGCCCAUUUAUCGGUUUGCUACCACUCUGUAUACCACGAACUUUUAUAUAAUAAAAUUUGGCAUUUUAUUUUUAGCCUGCUUAGCAGGCACUUGGAAGUAGUGGGCGCAAGAAAGAACGGGCGCGAGAGGGAGACACACUUCUCCCCUCGCGUGUCUCCCUCUCGGGCACCCGUCCUUUUUUGCGCCCACUACUUCCAAGCGCCUGCUACGCAGGCUAUUUUUUAUCUGAAGAGUGUUGUUUGUCGCUUAUAAUCUGUAAAUCCCCUUUCUUUCACUUUGGCGUAGAAAGUUUCGAGAAAAGUUUGGAUAAUCGACAGAGGAAACAUUAUGUUCCGCACUUUUUUUAAAUUCCCACUUUGCAUCAGUUUGCCAUUGCAAUUCUCCGUGUUAUAUGAGUACAUUAACAUCCGGCUUUGUUCUCCGGAAAGGGGGGAAAACCUUAAUUUUUUACGACCAUGCUAUUUAGCUUUUCCAGCAGAUGGAAUGUUUGAUACCGUACGUUUUUAAGAAAUUUACUAACUGGUCAACCGAUUUCAAAAGAGGUAACGUUCCUGUGCCUGCACUUCUAAAAUAUCGUAUUUACGUGCUUCGCCUGUGAAUGAUUAUUCAACUGAUGUGGAACAUCAAGCUGAGGUUAGAUCCAUACGGAUGUGCUUCUUUGUGAAUUGGCGUGAAGUGUUGUUAUCUAUUGAGAAAAAAAAAGGAAAGCAAAAUGGUUUUACGAAAGGUCGCAUUAGAGGAGAUUGCCACUUUUAGGCCCGGUUCAGACUCUGCACUUCACAUUUAGGAUGGAGUUUGAGCUAUUUUGAAAAAAAAAACAUAGCUCAUAUGUCGGUGUUCUUUGUAUCUUUCUCUGUUGGUAUAUAUGUGACAAGCCUCCCUCGCAGGCGUUUUUAGGGGAGCUCGUAUUUUUGUGGUUAGGGAUGAAAGACGGCCUCCCCCAAAAACGCCUGUGUUGGAGGCUAACUGAUGUGACAAGCCAGGUCAAGCGGUGCCCCCCCAAGAUGCCAUUAAUUUAUUUAUUAUUCGAAAGUUGAAUCAGUUGGUACUUGCAGUUCAGAUUCAAGAAUUUGCGAUCCUGCAUGCGUAAUAAGGGGUAUCUCUUCGCACGCAAGGUAGUUACGAAAUUUCUACGAGCUCAGAUAUCUUGAAUUUGAUGUAAAUGUCUUCGAAGCAAUUUUGUCCAUACAAAGAUAUUUCAACCUGACCGAAUACAGAAAAGUUAUCGUAAAAAAAUCACUUCUCAGUUAACUAAUUAUGCAGAAUACAGUCAACUCCCGUUACCGACUGCGGACGCCCUCGGGAGCGCGAUUUAGUGUCCUUAAUAGCGAGUGUCCGUAAUAACACUGUAAUUUUCAAGGAGUUAUAAUAACUCCUCUAGUGGGGCUAAUUUAACUCCUUACAGUGGAGUUAUUUUUUCGUGGAGUUAUUUUAACUCCAAAAAGGAGUUUAAAGAACUCUUUUUCAGGAGUAAAAGUGACCCCAGAUAUUGAGGAGUUAAAAUAAUCCCAAAAAAGGAGUUAUCCUGUACCUAAAAUUUUUACUCCACUUUCAGAGUUGAAUUAACUCCAAAAAGAGUAAAAACAACCCAUGUAAGGAGUACAAGUAACCCCAUUUCGGAGUGAUUUUAACUCCAGACUGGGAGUAAAAAGAACUCUUUUUCAGGAGUAAAAAUGACCCCAAAUUCGAAGUUAAAUUAGGAGUUAAAAUAACCCCAAAAAAGGGGUUAUCCUGUACCUAAAAUUUUUACUCCAUUUUUGAAGUUAUAAUAACUCCCUAAAAAUUACGGUGAACGGGUUGCGAGAAAAAAUUUCUUGAUAUUAGAGGAAUUAACUUUAUUCAUAUUGUACAUUGUCUCCAGAACCAAUUGCAGUGCAGUUUUCGCAUAUAAAGAGCGUCAGAACUUUAUUUACAAACAAGACAAAUCGUAACAUUAACAGACCUUAAUUUUUUUUUGCAUCUCCCUUUCAUUUACCACAACAGUCAAUGAAAAAUUUGUAGUACUGACACAAACACCAUAGAGUUUUUUGCAAGUAAGUACGGUAGUUUCUUACAAGGAUCAUGUUGAACGAGAAUCGGAAUGUUCACUUUUCAACCAAAGUGACAGAGACGAAGAGAAGAAGAGGAAGAAAUAAACUGUAAUCUGUGAUAAUUCUGCCAAAAUUUCCAAAAUGCUGAUUGAUGUCCGUCACAACGAGAGUUCGAACAUGCAAUGAAGUUGUUUUGUCGGGAUCGACAGAAGUGUCCGUAAGUCAGUAUUAGCGGGAGUUUGUUUCAGUCAAAUAUGUGUAAUUUUCACCGAGGAUUCAGCAGCUGUCCGUAAUUAGUGGGGUCUCGGUAAUAGCGAGGUGUCCGCAAGACGAGAGUUGACUGUAAGUGAUAGCGACUCCUUUUCUACGCCAUUGGAUGUGAUAAAUGCGUUGACAAAAAGUAUAAUAUGGAUAAAAAUUCUUAACAUAUUAUAAAAAGCAAGUAAACAUGAUCUUCCUUUUCUCUUAUCAGGCCCUGGCAACGGCUCUCAGGCAAAGAUAAUCCAAUCUUAAACCGGUGUCAGAGCAUUCAUGGAAAGAGGUCCGGGAUCAGGUGACGCCACAUCAGCAGAUGAUGAAACACUCCUGUUUGACGAUGACACUUUAAAGGGUGAGGCGAACCUUGCUCUUUUCUUUCCAUAAUGUAAUGUCAACAGUAUAAAAAUUUUAUCCGGUUACAUGGAAGAUCUCUGUUAUUUACAAAUACAUGUACAUUUUGUCACUGAGUGUGCGCUGGCCUAAUUUAAGUAUUUUCAAUCCUGGCUGGGAGUAGACCGAUCAAGAGCAAAUAAUGAUUACGUUGGUUUAUCACAAAAAGUUUAAAAAAAUCACUGAAAUAAUUAUAAAUUGCUGUGUUAUAGCAAUUGCAGAGGUUUACAACAAUGAGGGUUACGAUGAGUACAACAAACAGAAUUUCAGCAGCGCCAUAAACUUCUACACAGAAGGAAUUAAAGUGAACUGCAAGGAUAAAGAACUGAACGCCAAACUGUACAGCAACAGGGCAACAGCACAUUUAGAUUUGGGUAAGAAGUUGCUUGUCAACUUUCUAAAGAUUUUU